AUGUUCGCCCCUUCGCCUGCCGUUCGCCCUUUCGCCGGCGGCGUCCCUCGUCGCGCCGCAACUGCCCCUUCUGACGCCAGCGAGCGCGCGUCCGGGAAGAAGCGUCCGCGUGUCGCGCCCGCACGAGACUCGUCGGCUUGCCUCACCAAGAUGAUCCGUAACCGCAACAGCGUCGUGACCGCCGCCGCCGCCGGCAUGGAGCUCUUAACCGUCGGCGGCGAGAGGUCAUCCCAGGAGCUCCUACAGAAGCGCCUGGCGUCCGAGCUCGAUGCCUUGCGCGGUCUCCUAAAGAAAGCAGAGCUUAUUUCCCGUGGGGGUGAGGCAUGCAAGGGCGGCGCACCGACCGCCGGCAAGAAGGAGCGGUUCUUGGCCUCCAAGUCCAACCAGCGAGCGAAGCCAAUCGAGGGUAGUGGAGGCAAUGCGCCUUCAGCGAAGAGGAGGAAGAUUUCAACUCUGGCGGAGCAGAAGCAGAAGCAGAAGCAGAUACCGGCGCCGCGGAUGUCGCCAGAAGAGAGGAAUCAGCUUGCUGGUCGCCUGUCGUCGCUCUGCGGGGAGCUGCCGGGGCACAUCGUGGAGUUCUUGCAGAAGCACUUCGGCGAUGCGGAUAGCCAUGGCGAGAUCGAGAUCAACAUUGAUUCUGUGGAAGACCUCGUACUGUUCGAGUUGAAGACGCGGCUCGACAAGUUCGCCGAGGAGAGCAAGGACGACAAGCUCGCCGAGGAGAGCAAAGGCGAGGUCGUUCUGGAGCAGGAGGAAGAGGAGUACAUCGACAUCUGUGGCUUGUCCCCCAUCAUCGAAACCGGCAACGUGCCGAGCUCAAGCAGCAGCGGCGAUUCAGACUCCGACAGCGGCUCCGGUAGCGAAAGCGACUCCGAUCAGAUGAUGGCCACGUCUGCGCAGCCACCGUCGGAGCCAGCAUCAGGGACGGCGCAGAGCACCGCACAAGCAGAGAGCGUUUCCGGCGAGAGUAUCGGCGUCCCGGCUCCAGUGACGGUGGCGGUAUCAGAAGUGGCCCAGAGUGGUGAGGCAAAGAAGGUCCAAGCCGUCCAGCGUGCCGCGCCCAAGCCUGUUUCCCUGGCAGGUCUGCUCUACAGGGCCAAGGUUCGCCGGGAGCUGUUGGAGAUGGAGAGGGCGGCGCUGCCCGACGAGAGCAUCCACCCGCGGGACCUGCAGCGUCUCGGCAUCAUGGAGUACGGCCAUCCCAGCCUCAUGCGGCAGCUCGGGCUCGUCCUCAAGGUCGACGCUUAG